AUGCUGGAAAGGGCGGGCAGUGGAUAUGGGCAUUUCAAACGGGUGUACCACAAUGGUUCAAUUAUGAGGGGAAAAAAUAUGAAGUUAUGGCUUUCGACAGGUGUAAUUUGA